AUGCAGCUGCUGCUGCUGCUGCUGUGCCGCCGCAGCGCCGAUGAGGAGAAGGCUCUUCUUGCUGCUGCUGCUGCACUCGAUUGCUGCUGCUGCUGCAUUGCUGCUGCACCGCAGGGACGAGAGAGGCUGCGAAGGGAACUGUCUGCUGCAGCUGCUGCUGGAGUUGCUGCUGCUCAUCCAGCAGCAGCAACAGCAGCUGCUGCUGCUGCUGCAGCACGAGCUCAACAGCCUGAGUUCGUUGUUUCUGUGCACGCACUGCAGCACAUGUUGACCCGAUUGCUGCAGGAGCAGCAGCAGCAGCAACUGCAGCAGCAGCAGCAGCAGCAGGAGGCAGCAUCAGCAGCAGCGGCCAACCCAUUAGCAGCGAAAGCAGCAACAGCAUCGAAUACAACAGCAGCAGCAGCAGCAGCAGCAGCAGCAGCAGCAGCAGCAGGUUUAAGCCCCCAUCACAUCCGGCUAGCUUGUUUGCUGCUGUCGCUGCUCAGCCUCCCCCGCGUUGUCUUGGGUGCUGCUGAGGCGCAGCAGCAGCAGCAGCAGCAGCAACGAGGGAAGGGACGAGAAAGGCUGCGAAGAGAACUGUCUGCUGCAGCUGCUGCUGGAGUUGCUGCUGCUCAUCCAGCAGCAGCAGCAGCAGCUGCUGCUGCUGCUGCUGCAGCGCGAGCUCAACAGCCUGAGUUCGUUGUUUCUGUGCACGCGCUGCAGCACAUGUUGACCCGAUUGCUGCAGGAGCAGCAGCAGCAGCAGCAACUACAGCAGCAGCAGCAGCAGCAGGAGGCGGCAUCAGCAGCAGCGGCCAACCCAUUAGCAGCGAAAGCAGCAACAGCAUCGAAUACAACAGCAGCAACAGCAGCAGCAGCAGCAGCAGCAGCAGCAGGUUUAAGCCCCCAUCAUAUCCGGCUAGCUUGUUUGCUGCUGUCGCUGCUCAGCCUCCCCCGCGUUGUCUUGGGUGCUGCUGAGGCGGAGAAGUUGCUGCUGCUGGAGCAGCUGCUCGAAGCAGCAGCAGCAGCAGAAGCAGCGGAAGCAGCAGCAGCAACUGCUGCUGUUGCUGAUGUAGAGACUGCUGCAACCACACCAGAAGCAGCAGCAGCAGCAGCAGCAGCAGCAGUUUCACCGCCCCCAACACCCUCGAGCGCUCACUCUACAGCUUUGGUCUGCUGCAGCGUUCUGCUGCAGCAUGUUGAAGCAGCAGCAGCAGCAGCAGCAGCAGCAGCAGCAGGGGGUAUAUGCAGCGGCUCCUUGGGAAAGGUGUUGCUGCCCGCAGCAGCAACAGAACAUCGAGCCUCAGCAGCAGCAGCAGCAGCAGCAGCAGCAGCAGCAGCAGCAAGCGGCAGCUGUUCACCGAUCCCAACCCCUUCAGAUGCUGUUGCUGCAGCAAGAGCUGCAGCAACAGCAGAGAGAGCAGAAGGAGCAGCAAAUGAGUUGCUGCUGCUGUUUCGGCGCCAGCAGCAAAACCAGCAGCAGCACCAACAGCAGCAGCAGCAGCAACAGCAGCAGCAGCAGCAGCAGCAGCAGCAGCAGCAUGAUAUCCCCCCUGGCUGCAUGCUCGUGCUGCGGUGUCUGUACGUCCGCCUGCUGCUGGGCUCCAUCGGCUGCAGCGACGUUGUGGCGGUGCUGCAGCAGUUCCUUCACAAGCAGCAGCACCAUCCAGCAGCAGCAGCAGCAGCAGCAGCAGCAGCAGCAGGAGUGCCUCCGCUGCCGCUGCAGCUGCAAGGCAUUGACAGCGCAGACACCGCGUUGGGUGUAUGGGCAGCUCUGGGUAUCCCCACGCCUCCUGCUGCUGCAGAGGGGGCCCUCAGCUGGCUCCUUUCUUUUGCUGCAAGCAGCAGCAGCAGCAGCAGCAGCAGCAGCAGCAGCAAGUGCAGCAGCAGCAGCAAAGAAGUGUUGAUGGGAGCAGCACAUGCAGCAUUCGCUGCGCUGCAUGCACGUCGCCACAGCUUGCUGCCGUGGCUGGAGGUGCCCAGUGGUGUUGCUGCAGCAGAAGCAGCAGUAUUCGGUGCAGCAGCAGCAGCAGCAGCAGCAGCAGCAGCAGAUAUUUUCGGGGAGCUUUCUCUUGAUAGCACAGAGAGCUCCUUAUCUGCUUCCCGCUGCUGCCGUCUGCUGCAGCAGCUGCUGCCUGUUGCUGCAGCAGAUGCCCACAUUGUUGCUGCUGCUACUGGGUUACUGGGGCCCCCAUCUGCUGCUGCUGCUGCUGAGCUGCUGCUGCAGCAACUGCAGCGCCGCGCCAACGCGUUCCGAACGGAGCUGCUGCAGCUGACACGCGGGGGGCAUGCGGCUCUCGCUGCAGCAGCAGAAGCAGCAGCAGCAGCAGCAACGCCAGCAGCAGCAGCAGCAGCAGCAGCACCGCAUGCUGAGGGAGCCCUCGUACAUUCUGCCGCCCUUCGUCCUCUUUGCUGCUUUACUUGCUGCUAA